CGAGGUCUAACACGGUUGUCCGACACAGCUCUUCCGGGAGAAACGUGUUUAUUUUUUUUAUAUAUGUAACAGAGUUUACUUAUGUUCCCUCAUGUUUUUAUCUCCAUGCCUGUUAGCCACAACCACUCGUGCACACGCUAGCUCUCGUAUUUUAGCAAGGUCGGUAAGCUAACCUGCUCCACACCAACGCAGUGCCUUCCAUUGGUUGGUUGGUACAUAAACAAAAUUGCAGCAUAACACAACGUGACAAGAGUUUGGUUAAAUCAAACAAUCCUACAACAGCUACCUGCAACCCAGUGCUGUAGAGUCAAGCCACUGUGACCUCUACAACACUUCUAGCUUCAUGGCUAGCAGCUAGCUGGUCACGGAAUUGAUUGGAGACGGGGGCGUGGCUACGAUCACAGGCCCUUGGAAUAAACAACAACCCUUCAGUUAAUUAUUUUCCACUUCUCACCCAACUUAUUGCACUUUGAAGGAAACGACAGAGAUCAUGAUUUGUCAUAUGGCUGUGCGCUCCAACCCAGUGUUACGGAAAAUUAGUCUGGCUGUGUGGAGAGCUUGGAGGUCAUGGGAAUUAAGCCUGCACCUUUCUUCAGUUGGAGCAUCUUCUGGUCCUGGUCCUUGGGACAGAUCUGAACAACUGCCUUCGGUUUGCACCGAAAAGCCUCCUCACACGCCCGUCAUGCUCAAAGAGGUGCUUCAUUUCUUAGACAUCCAACCUGGUCAGGUGGUCCUGGACAUGACAUUUGGAGGUGGUGGUCAUACCAAAGCAAUUCUGAAUAUGGUCCCUGAAGUCACAGUCCUGGCCUUAGACCGAGAUCCUUCAGCGAAUUCUCUGGCCCAGCAGUUAGCCAAGGAACACUCUUCAUCCUGCGGGGAGCAUGAACAUCUGUACCAAGUUUCAUGUGGUCGUGUGACACCAUUGCUUGGCCGAUUCAGCGAGCUCGAGGUCCUGCUGUCUAACAUGAACGUUCAGCCUGGCAGCAUUGACGCUGUCCUGUUGGAUGCCGGCUGCUCCUCAAUGCAAAUGGAUCAAGCAGAGAGAGGCUUCUCACUGAGCAAAGAUGGACCCUUGGAUAUGAGAAUGGAUGGAGAGAGGUACCUCGACAUGCCCUGCGCUGCUGACGUUGUGAAUACCUUAGAUCAACAGGCUCUUGCAUCCAUCCUCACUGCAUAUGGGGAAGAAAGACACGCCAGGAAAAUAGCUUCAGCCAUUGUGAAGGCACGCCGUGUCAACCACAUCACCCGGACACAGCAGCUGGCCAGUGUGGUGGCAGGAUCGUUUCCUGCUGCUGUUGUCUAUGCACGUAAAGAUCGACUCCAUCGACCCGCACACGUGGCCACCAAAACUUUCCAAGCGUUGCGUAUCUUUGUGAACGAUGAGCUGAACGAACUGCUCGCGGGCCUGCGCGCUGCCCAGGCACUGCUGAGACCUGGAGGUCGUCUCUGCACUAUCACCUUUCACUCACUAGAAGACAGACUGGUCAAACGUUUCCUCCAGGGAGAAGAUUUGUCUAACCUAGAUCAGUUUCACUUUGGCCCGAAGAAGCAAAGCACCAGGAGGGAAAAACUGGUGGAGGGAAAUAGAGAUGGAGGAAGUGUUCAUUGGCUUCCGCUGCGGAAGAAAGUGAUCACCCCAGAAAAGGACGAUGUAAAUGAAAAUCCUCGAGGACGCUCUUCUAAACUCAGGGCAGCGCAACGUCUCUCUCAUUUAAUCUGAACGUUUUAGCUUUGUUUUGUUUUUUUACAACCAGAUUUGGUAUGAAGAAAAAAAAACAGUUUAAUCAUGUUACAAAAUAUCUAGCUAGGUCACUUAUUCCAAAGAACACGUGGCAGUUUUUUGUUGGUGAGAAGUCAGUGAAGGUCGUAGUCCUUGAUGCUGCAUUACUGACUUCUAUGAACCUCCCACAUGAUAUGGACACUAGCACCUUCAUCGUCUUCAUUCAGUGAAUCGAGCUGGUUUAUCCUGGACCUUUGGUUCAUGGCGCCUUUUUUCACCUGUAGAUCACCUGAUUUCAUCUGAUCUAGCUCCUUUCACUGAAUGAAGACCAUCGGAUGCAAAUAGGAGCUCUUAAAACUGGUAAAUUAACCUGUGACCGAAGAUUAUUUUCCCAUUUAUAUUACUGUUUCCAAAGUUUAAGAACGGACACAAGUCUUAUCUUCCCAUCACUUUGCUUUAGCAUUGAAAAACCGAGCCCCAACUGUGAAGACAAAAUUAUAAGAAAGCUGGUUAAAAUUUAAGUCAUAAAUAUAAAAUUAGAAAUGAGAUUUAAAAACUUCCUACACAAGUAUGUGACUGUUUUUGUAUUAGUGGCCUUUGGAUUUGCCUUUUGUAUGAAUAAAUAUACAUUUUUGACA